UUGGUGCUCGUCUUCUCUUCAAUCAGAAAGAAGUGGAAGCAAAUCCCCGCACGGAGUCACUGGACCUUUUGCUAGGGCGCGAAAGCCCGCCAUUUUCUGAAGUUGAGAAGCUAGGGCAUGGAUUUCUGAGCUUGACAAGCCAUGGAGCAGACGCUGUGGAGCCAUUUACCGCUAUUGGUUAGGUCCAAUUCGAAAGAUUCGGUUGAGUACAUUCUUCAGGCUCUUUGGAGGACCCGGAAAACCGGUCUGGACCCGGCCGACCGAGACAUUAUCCGAGAUAUGCUCCAGCUCCAGAACGAAUCGGACCUCGACCCGCUUUUUGUAUGCCUUCGCAUGUUGAUUCGCAGAUGCGUUUACGAUAACAUCGGGAGAGAUGAGAUUCAGAAGCUGUUUCCCAGUGAGGUCUUGCCUGAGUUACAGAGACUGUUGACGCUUUUGUUGCAGAAGUUUCACCGAGAAUGGCGGCAAGAUGUACUCAAGGACCAGGGUGCUUUGCCACGGUUAAAGACAAUGACAUGGGACAUGGCGAAUCCGGAUGCAGAAUUCGCCGACCGCGUGGCUGUUAUCAACUUGAAGCUCCUAAAUGAUUCACAGUCUCGCUCAAAAGAAUCGGAAGUGAAGUUUGAAUUAGGUAAUGAUACUCUAGAAACAAUGCUGAAUUCCAUGUAUAGCAUAAGAGACCAGUUGUCAAACGUGGGUGAGGCAUCAAAUGACUAUUUAUCUCAAGAUGCAAAUAUGUUGUAGAUAACCCAUAUCCCCUGGAUGCAAUGGUAUGGCUUGGCUAAAAUAUAUCUUGUGAUACCAUUUUCGUGACUAAACCUUGCCAGAUUAAUUGAAAGAUGUAAAACUUUUUCUGUUUUUGUGUUGUUUCUGUUGGGGGGUCCAAUCUAGCAGUAGCAUAUGUGACUCGAGGUUUUUACUUCACCGUGCCCAAAACUUCAGAGAGGGAUUGGUGGUUAGUCACUCAAGAGAAGCGUUCUUCCUUCCGUUUGUUAUAUUUCAAGAAAAAUGCUGUCAAAAGGCAUAUCAUGGUUUAAAGAAUGCUGGUAGUGAACCACAAAAGCAUGUCAGAUUUGGCUUAUGGAGUUUCUCUUAAAAACCUUAAUAACUGAAUAUUUGUUGGAAAAACAGUACCUUGGACAGUAGAGCUGCGCUUUGAAGAUUGCUAGUUUAUCUUCUCACUGUUGUUAUUGUUGUGAUGCAGAUUGAGAUAAAUGGAACUUGUAAGGAGUUUAUUUUUUUCCUUGCUUUA